AUGGUUUUUGAAGAAUUUAUAAUAAUUUUAUCGAUACAUACAAUUUCAAGGAGGCUUGCUGACAGGAAAGUGGAGAGGUUUGAGAAGAACGUAACAAAGCGAGGUUCCGUCCCUGAGACCACUGCAAAGAAGGGCAACGACUACCCUGUUGGACCUAUCUUGCUUGGGUGUUUCGUUUUCGUUGUCAUAGGAUCAUCACUCUUCCAGAUAAUCAUGACGGCGACGAGCGGAGGUGUUGCUUAAACCUCAUGGUCGAGGGAAGGCAGAGGUGAU